AUCAGCCUGGAGCAAAGUCUUAUACUUAAAUCGACUAAAUUAGACCAAGUAAUAUGGUAUCUAGGUUGGAUUAAAUGAUAAACACAAAAGGCGCAGGAACCAACAAAUUUGUCGAAAUCGCAUUCAUACCGCGGUAGCAUUCCAGGUGAAGUGCAUGUAUUAGCUUAGCUGCGAAAACCUGCAAAAAUACGGGGUAAAACGUAUCUUGUGAAUCUAAAGUAAUUGGAUUGCUUAAAUAGUUGAUUGUGAAAAAAUGUUCCAACUAACAGGUCAAGCCUUGAGCCGUAAUAGCCAACAGUUGGUUCGCUACGGAGCAGUGAGAUGUCUCGCUACGACGGCAAAGGCGAAAGGCGCAAAAACAUCCAGCAGUCAACAACCCAAACCGGAUCAAUCAUUCAUGAUGAACAUCUUCAGUGGAAAGUUACAAACCGCGCAGCUAUUUCCCUACCCGGAACCUCUCAAUGUCGAGCAGAAAGAGCACAUUCAGGCGUUUAUCGAUCCAGUGACUCGAUUUUUCAAUGAGACCAACAACCGAAUAAAGAAUGACGUAACGGGUAAUGUAGACGAACAGACAAUGGACGCCGUUUGGGACUUGGGAAUUAUGGGUAUUUCAAUACCGGAGGAGUACGGUGGUUUGGGCCUUACAAACGUACAGGCAGCACGUUUAAGUGAUAUCAGUGGAGCUAACGAUCUUGCUUUCACAAUCCAUAUCGGUGCACAUCAAUCGAUAGGCACCAAAGGUAUUCUGCUUUUCGGUACGGAGGCUCAGAAGAAGAAAUACUUACCGCAGCUGAGUACGGGACGAGUUUUCGGGGCGUUUGCUCUAACAGAGCCAUCGGUAGGAUCGGAUGCUGCGUCGGUGAAAACUAGGGCCGUCCUGAGUCCCUGCGGUAAAUACUAUAUCUUGAACGGUUCUAAGCUUUGGUGCUCGGGAGGCGGCAUAGCGAAUAUUUUCACAACGUUUGCCCAAACAGAAAUUGUGGAUCCGAAAACUGGACAGAAGAAGGACAAAAUGACUGCCUUCAUUGUGGAGCGCGGAUUCAGUGGAGUGAGUACAGGGCCGCCGGAGAAAAAAAUGGGCCUGAAGUGUUCGGUGACAACGGAUGUGUACUUCGACGAUGUUAAGGUUCCAGUGGAGAAUGUACUUGGAGAAGUGGGCAAUGGAUUCAAGGUAGCGGUUAAUAUUCUGAACUCCGGCAGGUUCGGGCUGUGCGCUAUGUUGACGGGAACGAUGCGCAACUGUAUCGAGCAGGCAGCGGAGCAUGUGUCGAACCGUGUCCAGUUUAAGCGAAAAUUGAUAGAGUUCGAGAACGUUCAGGAAAAACUGGCGAAGAUGGCUAUGCAUCACUACGUGGCACAAUCAUUGGGCUACAUGGUGUCCGGCAAUAUGGAUUUGGGAUCGACUGAUUAUCACUUGGAAGCAGCUAUAACCAAGGUGUUCGGGACGGAGGCAGGAUGGUACAUUUGCGAUGAAGCCAUCCAGCUAUUGGGAGGAAAUGGUUACAUGCAAGCUCCUGGACUGGAGCAGUUUAUGCGAGAUAUGAGAGUUUUUAGAAUCUUUGAAGGAGCUAACGACGUUCUAAGGUUGUUCAUUGCAUUGACUGGCAUUCAACAGGCUGGCAAUCACCUGAAAGGGCUACAAAGGGCGAUGAAGAGCCCAUUGACGAAUCUCGGAACUGUAUUCCAGGAAGGGACAAAGCGGGUUUCGCGAAAAAUGGGAGCUGGAAGUACGGAUCUGAGUGGGUUUGUGGUAGAUCCAUUAAAGGAUUCCGCAAAGCUUUGCGCACAGAACAUUGAUCUCUUCAGCCAAACAAUCGAGUCUUUGCUGAUUAAGCAUGGCAAAAACAUCAUCGAGCGACAGUUCCUCUUGGCGAGAGUGGCCGAUGCGGCCAUUGACAUCUACACCAUGGCGGUUGUCCUAUCACGUGCAACCAGAUCUGUACGAAAAGGUCUUCCUUCCGCUGAACACGAACUGCUCAUGACUCAAGCGUGGUGCACGGAGGCUAGUCAUCGAGUACAACAAAACAUUCAUCGCAUCCAAAGCGGAGUUUUCAACGAAAACUACAAAAUAAUGUCCAAAAUUGCGUCAAACAUUUGCAGUCAUCAAGGACCGGCACAUACAAAUCCUAUUGAAGUAGACUGAUAAAUUAUGGAGAUUAUGUAACAUAGAUCUAGAUUGUUUAUUGAUAAUCAUUGUACAUAAGGAUGGUCUUAAAGCUUUAACAGAAAUAAACAGGAAAUGACCAUUAUCUGAAGAAUCAUGAGAA